AGCAACAUUCUAUUUACAUAUUGUGUUUUGUACAUUUUUUUAUUACAGUAUUGCAAUAACACACUUUUGUUCACACUAUUCAAGAUGAGAAUAUUGACGAUGAUCUUGACACAGUAACCUGGAUAGACACCAGAUUAACUGAAUCGCAACUUUCAAGUCCCAGCAUGGAACUAGUUCAAAGUAGUGAAUCUUCAGUCCAAAGUAUUCUACAAGCAUUGGGUUCGGGAAAAGAAAUAUCACAAGUAUGUUCAACCAGUGUCGGUGAAGCCAGAGUUGUUACUCAGAAUGUGCAAAAUAUGAUUGUAUUGAAGCAAGACCACAAUGUCAAUGCUGCAAAUGUCUUCUCUGGUUGUUCUGAUUUCAAUCUGAGACAGAGAGAAGUGAAAGCGGGCAAUCCAACAAACUCAGAUGAAAAACCAAAUCCAUAUGAUGAGGAUACGAAUCCCUUUCCAGAUUUCAUCCGUCUGAAUGAAUCCAUUUUUCUGAAUCACCAUGAAAAAAUUUCAAAGCACGGUGAAGUCUUUAAAGGAUGGCAGAUUCAUGACAAAUUUGGCCGAAAACAAAUUGCUGUUAAAUCGCUAAAACACAAUGAAGAUAAUGAGAGAGAAGCAAAAAUACUUGUCAAGCUUUGCCCGCAUUCAAAUGUUGCCAAUAUUAUACAAUCUGGCGUUUACAACACUGGGCCAAUCAAACAUAUAUUCAUUGCAAUGGAGCUAUGUGGACCUCAAAAUCUGACCGAAUUUGUAAAACAGAAAGAGGAAAUUGAGAAGAGAAUGAUAUUGAAAUUGUCAGAUCAACUCAUCAAUGGCAUCUCCCAUAUUCAUAAAAAUGAAGUUAUUCAUCGAGACCUUAAACCUGAUAAUAUUUUGGUAUCUGAUGAUGGAAAAGAGUUGAAGAUAAUCGAUUUCGGGCUGAGCAAAGAAAUGAAAAGUGGACGAUCUGUCACUAAUUUGAGUACCUUACGGGUUGGGACAGAUGGAUGGAGAGCUCCAGAAACAUACAACGCUGAUGUUAUAUCCAAAAAAGCUGAUAUUUUCUCGAUGGGACUUGUUAUGUAUUUCAUAUGGACCAAAGGAUGUCACCCAUUUGGCAAUGACCCUGAUGACUGGAAUCGCAAUAUAAAACGAAACCAAUAUCGUGACCUUUCCAAACUCCCUAAUGUAGUUGAAGAUUUAGUGGGCUGGAUGCUUAGGUUUGAUCCAUGUGAUAGACCGAGUUUGAAAGAAAUUCAAGAUCACAAAUGCUUUUAUGGGCAUCUCGUAUGCCCAUUACCAAAAUUGCUCAAUGUUAAUUCCGGUAGUCUCGAAGAAGAACUCCAGAAACAAAAAAAUGAGACAGAAAAAGCUAAACAAGAAUCUGAAAGAAUGAAACAGGAAUUUGCAAAAAAGAUGAAAGAAAUGGAAUUACGAAUGAAAAAGAAGAAUGAGACUGUUGCAGCAGACUCAGCUGCAGAUAAAUAUCCAUCAGAUAUAAAGAACCUAAGAAUAAUAGACGAACAACCACCCAAUGGGAAGAUGUUACUUAAUUGGUUGGAAAAUAAACCUUUGUCAGGGUAUGAGGAGUUUGGGACAAUGGAGAUCACUUACUCAUUUCCACCUGGAAAUUUGAAGGUAAACAAGGGAAUUUCAUAUGAUGCACGAAAGUUCGUCGCAUACUUGCCAGAUUGUGAUGAAGGAAUCCAACUUCGUGAUUUGCUUUCUGAUGCUUUCCUCUCGGGCUUGUCGUUCAAACUUGCUGAAUUUGGAUCCGGCAAAGGAAGAUUAAUCUGGGGUGACAUUCCCCACAAAUCUAGUAUUGAUGGUGGCCCAGAAAACAGUUUUGGAUAUCCGGACCCGAAUUAUUUCACUCAACUUCGCCAAGUUUUGAAAAUGAAAGGGAUCAAAGGAGACCCGUGGAACUGACUUGGAAAACUCCUAAAAAUAGCAAGAGCUGGUGAACAGCACUGGCACAUUUGACAAAAUUUGUGUACAAUGGUUGGAGGGGAUGUAUAUUUUAUAAAACCAAAAAAUUAUGAACAGUUUUUAAACAAAAGCAGAAAUUAAAUUCAUUGGUACAAUAUUGAUGUUUGAUAUUGUUUUUGGCAGUACCAACAAUUGCUAUUCACAUACUCGACAUGAACAUGGUAACCAGACGAGAAGCCGUGGUUCACCAUAUGAUUAAGCCGUAUUACGAACUUUCUCUCCCCCUGGAUAAAUAUGUAAAUCCUAUCCUAUAUAAUCCCAAAACCUAAUUUUCAGGUAUCAUUGUACAUAUUUUGGUGAACUGUUGUUUACAAGACGAUUUUAUGAUAAAAUAAGUUUAUUACAAAAAUACUAUGUCCAAUCAAUAGGUAUUAAUCUCUACUUUCAUUCAGACUUAAAUAUUUUAUUAAUAAUAAAGGUUUAUUCUUUCCAAUAUACAUGUGUAGUUAUGAAGUUUGAUCCCACUGUAGUUUGAGGCCUUGGGCACAAACUAGUGGGCAGAUAUAAAACUGACAUGGACAAACUACGGCCCACGGGCCUGAUUCUGCCACAAUUGAAUUAAAACCAAAUUUUCAUGUGAUAGCUAGAAAUAGCUCUAAGAAUUUGCUGAGAUUGCGGUUAAAUUUAGUUUUGGCACGAGGCUUAUCGUUUUUUGCUUUCGUAAGUAAGUAAGUUACUGUAAAAUAAAAUUAUGAUUAUAAACUUUUUACGUCACACUUACACGGCCGGCCAGUCUAGCUGGUCAAAAACCAUGUCCAUCUCUAAUAUAAAAUUUCCGACUUGGGAUACUAUUGAAUACACCACGUCGCAGAGCAUUUCAGUUCAAUUUGUAAACUAUCAUUGUUAUUUUAGAAUUUAUUUUAUAUCAUUCUUUCUUAGCCGAGUGGAAAUUUUUUUGCGACUAAUAUAUAUUUUGUAAAUAAAUUGUCUGUUUAUACCAUAUGUUUUUAAUAUAUUAUCAAUAAGUAAUUGUAGUGUGGGCCUACAGUUGCUAUCCAAUACACCAUCUUGCAAAGCUGUUUAACUCAAUUUUCAAAAGUACAUUAUCAAGUUUUAUUAUAUUGUGAUAUGUAUGUACAUUAAAUUAGUGGUUCUCAAACGGUGGGGCGCGCCCCACAAGGAGGGCGUAGACAAAUUUUUGAGGGGUUGUGAAGCUAAUUAAAAAUAAAAAUAUUUGUUAAAUUUACCUUAUCCUGGAUAUUUACAUUUCGUCAUUGUUUAGAGAUUGUGAUUCCAUCCAUAUAUUUUCAACAUAUUUUUUAAAAAUAAAACAUACUUUCGCC